AUGGCGGAUAAUCCAACGUAAGUCCCCUCCAACUCUGAAAAAUUAAUAAAACCCUUCAGGAACCUGCGAAACGAAGAUUUCCGCAAACUUUUGACGUCCGCCCGCAGCGAUCGGCCCGCCGCGUCGACUUUUGCCCGUCCGGCGAACCCAAAAAGUUCCGAGAAACCGGCCAGUUUCAAGCACAAGCAUCUGAAACCCGCGAAAUUCAAAAAACCGAACGCGCCGAGUCAUGGAAAAGGCAAAAAAGUUAGAGAGAUAAAAUUUAUACCCAAAAAAAAGUUUUAUUGCAGGAAAAAACCGAGGCCGACGAAGACGAGGCUCAUUUGAAGAAUAUUCUGAAGAACUAUCGCGAUCGAGCAGCUGAACGACGAAAACAGGGAGACGUUAGUGGAAUAAUGCAUUUUUGCAAUAAAUCAAUGUUGAAAAAUUGCAGGAAAAAGAGGACACUUCCAAGUUGACGGCCGCGUACCGCGCGGUCCCAGGUGACGCGCGGACCCUUCAGGAUCAGGCGGAUCUGCGAAAACAGGCGAUUCUGGAGUCAAAAUAUUUGGGAGGAGAUCUGGAACACACUCAUUUGGUGAAGGGACUCGACUACUCGUUGCUCAACAAAGUUCGCAGCGAAAUUGAUACUAAUGACGAUGAGGAGGACGAUGAUACUCAUCCAUUGGUACGUUAUUUGACGGGAAAAAAAAAACAUACAUUUUUUCGAAUUGCAGGAAACAAAAGACUCAAAACCGUCGGAGGCGGUCGUGCUGGCCCAAGAAAUGGCGCAAUCGCAGUCGGAGAACCGGAUGGUCCGUUCUUUGCAUCGAAUUUUGUUCAAAAACGAAAUCGCACUGCGAAAUGACCUUUUCGCAAAAGGGCGCAUGGCCUACGUCGUCGAAUUGGAGGACGAGGAGACCGAUAUUCCGACCACUCUUCUCAGGUUUGCACAAUAUUCAUGAAAAUAGCAUAUUUCCAUGCUUGCAGAUCGCUGCACGACCUUCCGCGUGCCGAAUCGGCGCAAUCCAUCCAGGCGAACAGUCUGAUCAUCUCGAAAUUGUCGCAAGUGCUCUCGCAUUUGCGCGCGGAGCCGAAAAAGAAGAAACGAGAGGAGUUCCGCGCGGAAGAACGCUCUUCCGCGUCGUCCGCCCCGAAAGGCGACAAUAUUUAUGAGGAUUUGGACGAUUAUGUGCCCUCGCGGCACCGAAAACGCACUCCGCCACGCGAUUCCAGAGAUUCCAGGUGAGCAACUUGAAAAAUGUUGAAAAAUGGCUGAGAGACUACGAAAAAGCGCCAAUUUUACGCAAUUUCCAGAGACUCCCGGGACUCGCGACGCCACCGUGAUCAUCGGGACCGCUCGCGGAGCAGAAGCCGUGAUCGACGCGACUAUUUCGACAAAUCGUCGCGUCAAAAACGAGAGGAGGAGCAGAAACGAGAGCAAAAGGAACGGGCGGAGCGGGAAAAACAACAGAGAGAAAAGGAAAAGGCGGAGAAGGAGAAGGAGAAGCAGAAGGAGCGGGAGAAGAAGCGGAAGGAACUGGAAGAAUCCACGGGCUACGACGAGUGUUAUCCGGGCGGUCUUGUCGAAAUGGGCGGAGCCUGGGACUCGGACGAGGAGACGGAUUUCACGAAAAUGGACACGGGACCAAAGAAGAAUCAGGCCGUCAACCGAUGGGACUUUGACACCGAGGAGGAGUACGCCACUUAUAUGGUGAGUACUUUUGGAAACCAAAUGAUGCAGGCUUUCCGGACUUGGAUUGAAGUAUACUGGGACCAAGUUUCAGAUCGAUCCGAUCAUCUGGUCCCGAGAUAUGUAGAUCGGAGGCCGAAAAGGCCACAAUAUCCGCAAAAACCCUAUAUCUCGGGACUAGAUGACGGGAUCGGUCUGAAACUUGGACCCAAUAUACUUCGAUUCAUGUUCAAAAAGCCUGCAAAGCCUGGUCCCAGUCCAGGCCUCGAGAAGCUUGAAAUUUUCUAAAAUUCAUUUCGUUUUGCAGGAAGGCCGUGAAGCGCUGCCGAAAGCGGCGUACCAGUACGGAAUGAAGAACGGAGAAGGCGGUCGGAAGAACAAAAAGCAGUCGGCCGUUUCGGUGGCGAAAAAAUUGGACAGGGAACUCAACGAGAUCAACAAAAUAAUGGACAAGAGGAAGGCCGGAAAGGACGGAGCCGCGGCUGCAGGAGGACCCGAUUAUAAAAAACCCAAAUAUUAG